GCAGUAGGGUGUUGAGGUUGAUGCGUUCGCCCUCUGGCGGCUGGGCAGUAGGAGUUGACGACCUCGAAGCGGGUAUGGGUGACGAUUUGGGACUCGAGCCUACUUCCUAAAGGUCGGCGGAGGAUUGUAAACACCGCCUUGUUGCCGGCGUGUCUUCCACGACACCUUGCUCACCUGAUGCCGACCAGAUGUGCACCAAAGGCUCGGCUUGUUGGUGGGCGAUAGGGUUGUUGGAAACAUGGCCGAGGGCCCACGCUGGUCAACAAACUAUCCUCUGCCCCUCUUCUACGACUUCAGAAAAUUGGCCAAGUCAUUAUCACAUUGAUGGGUGCGAAUCCGAAGACCUGUCCCACUGUUCUGCAUAGAGAGUCUCUCCACCUUUACAAUGAUUCCGACACUUGGGUCUUUGGCAGGGAAGUGUAGAAAGCAGAGGGCGCCAAUACUGGUCACGCCUGGGCGAUGAUGUCGCAACCUCUUCAAUAGUUUUGGGAAGUGUGUAGUUUCUGCCUGAAAGGGCGACACAGAUACUUCAAAAACAUGAUCCUCUUUGUGCGGCCCCCUUCCCCAGAGCUAAAUGGAAGGUGGGCAGAAAGGGUCUGAGUGACCAUGGGCCGUCUACACAGCCUGGUGAGCACUUGCAGGACGUGACCACGACUGUCCGUGGCACCACGCAACUUCAAUCGCAGCCCGGAGCCCAGGGAGCCUCUGCUUACACCACCGUUUCCAACCGUUGCCUGUGUCCUUUGAGGUUUCCGAGUACUGUGCAGCCUACACCGCAGUGUGUCUGGUUGGAGGGUUGUGCCCGGCAUGGCAUGUUCACAUCGCACACAUCGCACUUGCAUGCGUUCGUAUGGCCGAUCACACGCACCACCAGAUGGAAAUGAAGGGUUCAUAUCAGCAGCAUGGAGGGCGAUCUUGAGCGUCACGAAAUGCUACAGCAGCCAACUUGGUAUCGUGCCACUGUAAUAUCCGUUAGUGUACCAGACCUCAACAUGGGCCAGCGGCUGGCGCGGACCCAAAGCCGGCACGCAUAAAGUGGCACCCGUCACUUGUGACCGCGUCGAAAUACGGGCGAUGAUUGCGAGACCCGACGGCGCCUCUGGCUUGGUUCCAUGGGUCAGCUGCAAAACGUGCGUGGCCUUGUGCGUCUGUCGCAGGAGGGGUGUCUGUCCUCUGAGGUCGGAGGUGUUCCGACAUUGCGUUGGCCGUUUUGACAUGUACUACAUAGUAGUCGCGGCCAAGUUCAGACGGCGUGGGACCCCUGGCCUGCUCACAAGCUCCAGCAUGAAGUGUCUGGGUGUGCAAAGAGGGCGAGGUGUGAUGAGACAGAGUGCACCCAGCAUGUCUCGUGCAGCAUGCGGAAGGCAUGAUGUAGCGGCGCAGGCUGCCAACUGAAUCGUCGGUCGGAGUGUCAGAGAGUCAUUUGUCUCUUCCCACCCGGAGAUGAGCAGCCUAUCGGUCCCUCUGUUUGGGGGCGGAUGGACGGGUGAUGGCAGCUGUCACCGAGGCUCCUGGGCGCCUGAAGGCCGCCGAUAGGCUGUUCAGAUGUGUAGACAUGUGCGAGAGCAACGUGAGUGAUGCUGCGGUGAUAUUGUGCCAUGGCAGGGAACGGAGCCAGGACAAACGCAAACGCGACGACGACAAGGCUGACAGUUCUAGCGUGCGGCGGCCAAACGAGGGCACAGACGAUGGGAGGACCCCCGUUUCACAAAACACCUGCCAGAGCAGAGAGGGUGAAACCGUGUGUCAGCGUGCAAGAAGCCAGAGGCACGUCUUCUCGAAGAGGGUCUGGGGCAGAUCGGACGAGGGCUUGGGGGGUAACCGUGGGUAGCACCCGGCAGAGUCGAGAUCCGAUAGGCUUGUGAGGCCUGGUCGGGAUCGACCACAGUGCACCCGCCCCACAAGGCGGAAAGCUUGAGGCCGAGUGGGUGGGCUCUGGCAAGUCUGGUAGCCUCUGGACCUGGCCCCCCGGCCCCACCCCCGUCACCGGCACAGGGUGCCUCCAGGCCUUGGCAUCCCGUCUGCCCGUCCCCGUACUACUGUGGUACAUGGUAGCACACUCGCCCGCCUGCCCGCACUACCGAUAGGGCGGGCGUGACUGUCGCCGUCGACAGUUACGAUUGGCUCAUCAGGUCCGGCCCGGGAAGCUUGACCUGUGGCAUUACCCAAACAGGAAGGCCAGGCCACCGCGUGGGCAACCUCGUGGGUGCUCGCUGCUGGCUGCAUCAUCAUCGGACGGGCCUGCAUUAUAUAGCAGGCCCGCCUGCCAACCUUCCCCCCCCCCUCCCAGCCGACAAGCGAAAGAUGGGCUGAAUAUUCUCCUUGUCCUUGUUCCCGAGGCAAGCCAUGUCGAGCCACACCCGCCCAAAGCUCACCGCCGGCGAGCUGUCCAGCCUGCUCAGCGUCCUCCCCGCCGUCGCCGGCACCAUCCUGUCCUUCUUCCUCGCCAACUCGUACCGCCAGUGGAGGGAGGGCAUCCUGUGCGCCAGGUCCCUGAGGCGCAACGCCGCCGCCAGCUUCGGCACCGCCAUCAGCCUGCUCAAGCCCAGGCAGCUCAGGGUCUUUGUCUCCAACACCACCGGCAAGACCGUCGCCGAUUACUGCGCCGCAAAUGACCUCACCCACCAGCCCGUCCUGGUCGACGACACCGACGGCUUCCCCCCGGCCAUGCUGCACUUCAUCGACUGCAAGCUGGCCCAGAACGGCCCCAUCCUGCUGUACUUCCACGGCGGUGGCUUCAUCGUGCCGCUGCACUCGCCCGCCUUCGCCGUCUCCUCCGCCCGCAUCGCCCGCGCCUCGCCAGUCUUGCUCGAGUACACGCUGGUCCCCGAGUGCGAGUACCCAGGCCAGCUGGCCCAGGCCGUCGCCGCCCUCCGCCUGAUCCUGAAGUACCGCAGCCCGGCCGACAUCAUCAUCGGCGGCGAGUCGGCCGGCGGCAACAUGGCCCUCGCCGUCCUGGCUCACCUGCAGCAGCCCAGGCCCGGCAUCACCCCGCUGGCCUUGCCCCCCGCCCCGCGCAACAAGUUCAGGGGCGCCGUCGCCAUCUCGCCCCGCACCGCCAACCUCGCCACCGCAGAGAGCUUCCGCACCAACUCUGGCAGGGACUUCAUGAGCGAGCACAGCCUCGUCGCCAUCACCGCCAGCUGGAAGCCCGAGGCCGACGUCUGGGCCGCCCCCGUCCUGGCCCCCAGGGACUUCUGGGACGGCUUCAAGGCCCAGAAGCUGCUGCUGGUCGUCGGUGCUGACGAGGUCUACCGGGACGACGUCUGCCACACGGCCAAGAUGAUGGGCGCCCGCGAGGUCGGCGUGGGCUCGCUCGGUGCCAAGAGGAAGGCCCCAAGACCCGCCGGCCCGGACGCCCAGCUCAUCGUCUGCCCCAACGAGAUGCACUGCCAGGCGAGCCUGGACAUGUCGGUCGGCAUCAGGGACGGCUACAUGACGAGGGGCGUGGCUGGCUGGCUGGCGAGAUGCUGAAUGUCGAGAACCGGGCCUGGCCCUUGUACAUAGUUUUGCAUAUCUGGUAUGAAUAACAUGACGCGGAGAAAUGAAGUGAAACGACCAGGUAUGGAGCACAUUCAACUUUUGUUUAGGUGUUAGCGUGGGUGUGUCUUAAGCGAAACUCAGGAUCCACCAAUGAUGGGACAGAGGCCUUGGUCAACAUGCACAGUGAUGUCUUGGCUUGAGCCAACAUGGCCGUGCCCAGUUCCUCUUGUGACACUAUGGGCUUCUUUGAAAGUGAAUAAGCCAUUUCCCCGGCCGCGGCGACACUGGUCCCGGUGGAGAGAUGGAGCUUUGCCUCGAUUGACGACCAAUCUCGAUUGUACAGCCUCGCCGUCGUACACCGUCUCAGGUGUCAUAGUUUACUGUUGGACGUGGUUGCUUCAACAGAGUUGGGUGCACGGCGAAAUAGCUCGGUGUGCCAGAAUCAGAAGAGUGAGGAGCAGACAAGCACCAAUUGAAACGGGUGAUACCGGCCGGCAGUAGAGCAAGACGGUCUAGGGGUUGAUGUCCACGGCUGUCAGAUCUCGAUAUCUCUGCUGUGAAAGCACGUGCCACCUCCACAGUUCACUGAUCGGUCCGCACCGCAAUGGGACGUCGAUCUGGCAAGGUGGACCGCAGGACCAAUCCCGAUUCCCAGCAACUCCGUUCCGAGUCCUGGGCGUCGGCAGCUUGGUGGCCAUCUAUCCUCACCUCAGGCGAAAAGUCUCCCGUGUCCUUGAUAUCUUUUUGUUGUGGCGAAGACUCUGGAAAAUGGGGGCAGUCUUGACCUGUUCACUGGACGGAAAAGCCGCGCCUACGGAAUCAACGAGUACGAGGUAAUUGACUUCGCGGGUCUCCAUGAGCCAAUGCAACGGCAGCAAGUCAGGACCGGCAAUGGAACGUGCAUGCCAAGCAGCAGAACCUAGCACAACACACGGUCCGAUCUGAGGCGGACCCCACGAGACAACUGCAGCUCGGAUGGCAAGUGCGGGCGGCGCGACCACAGGGCACGGAAGGCUAGAGGUAACAUCAAAAUUAGA